AUGAAGAGAGGGUCUGAUUUCUUCAGAUAUCUUGAAGAUGAUGACAAUCGGCCCUCUAUCCUAGCAGCCGAUGAGACAGAUCACCCAAGAAUUCGGCGAGCCUACGCGCCAGCAUUUUCACGGCGAGCCUUAGCCCGCCAGGAACCAAUCCUAGCCAAGUAUGGUGACGCUCUCGUUGAAACCCUUUCCGGCAUGGAAGGGCAUAUCACGAAUAUACGCGAUAUGUUCCAUUACACGCUUUUUGAAAUUGUUGGGCAUUUUCAGUACGGUGAGGAAAUGGGCGUCUUGCGAACAGGAGCACGUAAAUCGUGGGUACACAGCCAGCCCGCACUGAUAAAAGCCUCGACUUUACUAUCAGCUCUCGCUGACUUCACCUGGAUCAACCUUUUGCUCCGGUGGACCAUACCCUGGAUGUCAAAAUGGCUCCGCAAGGCAUACUUCAAGCCUUCGAAUGACCUCAUAGACCAUCGACUUCAAAUCCAAAGCGACGAGCCUGACCUUAUCGGUCUUACAUUUCGCAACAGUCGCAGCUCAGCUUUGACUGAGAAGGACAUUCGUGCCAAUGCUCACAUCAUGAUGCUUGGAGGAGCAGAAACAACCAUGGGCCUCAUGACAUUCUUGACUGCGUGCCUCCUCCAGCACCCCGAGUGCUUUGCGCGUCUCAAAGACGAGAUUCGCACAGAAUUCCACGAUAAGAGCCAGGUCUCUCUGGAAUCGGUAUCGAAACUUGCUUACUUGGAUGCUUGUAUCAAGGAGGCUUUAAGAAUGUACCCCCCAAUCCCCGGGGCUAUACAUCGUGUUGCCCCUCCAGGUGGGGCACCCAUAGCCGGUCACUGGGUCGCAGGAAACACACGAGUCUAUAUUCCAAUUUUUGCAGCCACACAUUCCCCAAACCACUUCUGGAACCCUGAAAAGUUUGUUCCUGAUCGUUGGCUAGAGGGUGCAGAAGGCCCGUACCAGAAAGAUAACAAAGCGGCAUGCCAUCCUUUUUCGACAGGACCGCGGGGUUGUAUUGGCCAAGAGUGA